CAAGGCAACAAAAUCUUUGUUCAUCUUCUUCUUGCUUCAAUCGUCUUAGAUAUCAAUUCCUUAGUUACCUUACAUUCUUUUCCUUCAAAUUCCUGGAGCUCUAAAUUUUUCUGGUAAAGUUCAAUCAUGGCAACGGGAGAAAAUUUAAAAGAGCCUCAGAAGGAUAAAGUAGCUGAUCCUGAAGAACAUAUCAAAGACAAGGGUAAUGCAAUAAAGGAUGUCAAAGAUGCAGGGGAAGCUGCCAAGUCUAUAAAGACCAAUGAGCCUGUAAUAAUAGAAGAGGCAGUGGUUGAAGAGAACAAGAAGAAGAAUGAAGCUGAAACCAAAGAGAUUGUGGUGGAGAACAAGGGAAAAGAAGCUAAUCAAACAGAGAAGAAAAAUGAUGAGGUUGAAAAGGCCGAUGCUUCCAAAUGUACCAAAGUUGAGAAAAGUUCAUCCAUGGCAACAGAAGAAAAGUUAGAAGAGGGCCAGAAGAUUAGGGAUGUAGUUGAAGAGGUGGUGAAGGAGGAGAAGAAGAAGAUUGAAACGGAACCAAGGGAGAUUGUGGUGGAGAAGAAGGGAAAAGAAGCUGAUCAAACAGAGAAGAAGAAAGAUGAGGUUGAAAAGGACGAUGCUUCAAAAUGCACCAAAGUUGAGAAAAGUUCAUCCAUGGCAACUAAAGAAAAGUUAGAAGAGGGCCAUAAGGAUAGGGGUGUAGUAGAAGAGGUGGUGAAGGAGGAGAAGAAGAAGUGUGAAGCGGAACCAACAGAGAUUGUUGUCGAGAAGAAGGGAAAAGAAGCUGAUAAAACAGAGAAGAAGAAAGAUGAGGUUGAAAAGGGCGAUGCUUCCAAAUGCACCAAAGUUGAGAAAAGUUCAUCCAUGGGAACAGAACAAAAGUUAGAAGAAGACCAAAAGGAGAAGGGUGUAAUUGAAGAGUUGGUGAAGGAGGAGAAGAAGAAGAUUGAAGCGGAACCAAAUGAGAUUGUGGUGGAGAAGAAGGGAAAAGAAGCUGAUCAAACAGAGAAGAAGAAGAAAGAUGAGGUUGAAAAGGACGAUGCUUCCAAAUGUACCAAAGUUGAGAAAAGUUCAUCCAUGGCAACUGAACAAAAGUUAGAAGAGGCCCAGAAGGAUAGGAGUGUGGUUGAAGAGGUGGUGAAGGAGGAGAUGAAGAAGAUUGAAGUGGAACCAAGGGAGAUUGUGGUGGAGAAGAAGGGAAAAGAAGCUGAUCAAAGAGAAAAGAAGAAAGAUGAGGUUAAAAAGGGCGAUGCUUCCAAAUGUACCAAAGUUGAGAAAAGUUCAUCCAUGGGAACAGAACAAAAGUUAGAAGAGGCCCAGAAGGAGAAGGGUGUAGUUGAAGAGGAGGUGAAGGAGGAGGAGAAGAAGAAGAUUGAAGAAGAACCAAGGGAGAUUGUGGUGGAUGAUAAGUUGAAAGCAGAAACAGGAAAGGAGGUGGGUUUGGAAGAGCAAAAGGAUAAUGUUGAGGUUGGAAAUGGAGGUGCUUCUGAAUCUGGUAGAGUUGAGAAAUGGUCAUCAUUAAGGGAAGAAAGGAACUCCCUUUCAGAGUUGAAAGAGCAUGAGAAAAAGUCAUUGGCGGAGCUGAGAUCGAAGAUUGAAAUUGCGAUACAUGAAAACAAGUUGUUAAAGGAAAACAAGGAUCAAGUAGGAGAGGAAAAUGUUUCAAAAGAAAAUGAGAAAGAGAAGGAACUUUCAAAGAAAUUAAAAGAGAUUGAGGAGAAGGAAGAGAGAAACAUAGAGACUAAAGAGAAAGGAGAAGAAAUUGCUGUGAAUGGAAUAAAGAAAGAGAAGGAAACAUCCAACGAAGUAGAGGAGGUUGAAGCUGCAAAACCAAACAAGCAAGAAGAUGAGCAAAAGGAGAAAACAGCUGAACAGAAAAAGAAGAAGGUUGAGUUCAACACCAAUAAGGAUAUUGCAAUUUGGGGAGUACCCUUAUUGCCUAGUAAAGAAGAUAAUGCCAUUGAUGUCAUAUUAUUGAAAUUCUUGAGGGCCAAGGAGUUUGAGGUAAACGAUGCUUUUGAGAUGUUAAGGAAUACCCUCAAAUGGAGGAAGGAGAACAACAUCGAUUCGAUAUUGGACGAAAACUUUGGUGAUGACCUUAGUUCCAUAAGUAGCAUUGGUGGUGUUGGUCGUGAGGGACACCCGGUUUGUUACAGCAACUUUAAGCUGCUUGGGAAUGAAGAAUUAUACAACAAGGUACUGGGAACUGAAGAGAAGCAUAACAUGUUUAUAAGAUCCAGAGUUCAACUAAUGGAAAGAGCAAUUCAGAAGCUCGACUUUAAGCCUGGUGGUGUGUCCUCAAUAUUCAUGAUCAAUGAUCUCAAUCAAAUGCCUGGUCCAUCUAAGAAGGAGCUUCGAAAUGCUAUAAAGCAGGUGUUUGCUCUUCAUCAGGACAAUUAUCCUGAACUCGUUGCAAGAAAUAUCUUCCUCAAUGUUCCUUUUUGGUACUAUGCCUUCAGUGCUAGCGCUCUGCUAUCACCUUUUUUUACCCCAAGAACCAAUGGCAAAUUCAUCUUCGCUCGGCCUUCCAGAGUCAAUGACGUCUUGCUCAAGUACAUAGCUUUAGAGGAACUACCAGUUUAUUAUGGUGGCCUCAGAAAGGAAAAUGAUCCCGAUUUCUCUAGCGAAGAUGUUGUCUCAGAGAUCUUUAUCAAUCAAUCAUCAUCAGAAAGUAUACAUAUACCAGCACCAGAGGCAGGAAUGACUUUGAUGUGGGAAGUUCUAGUGUCGGGUUGGGAAGUGAACUACAAGGAAGAAUUUAUCCCAACAGAGGAGGGUUCAUAUGGCAUUAUUGUACAAAGGAGCAGGAGGAUCGGCGCGCAGGAGGGAUCAAUCCGAAACUCUUUCACGACUAAGGAGCCCGGAAUGAUUGUGUUAACAAUCGAAAAUGGAGCAAUAAUCAAGAAGAAGCGAAUUUGUUACCGAUACAAGAUCAAAAAUGGGAGUUCCUCGUGAAAAAUCAAAGUUGUUACAAUGGCCCAAUGUAUUUACAUACUUACAUCAGUAGUCAGUACACCUUUACGAACCACGACUGCUCUUGUUGAAGCAUUAAGAAAUAAAAAACAUUAUAAGAUAUUUUGUGGAAAUAUUGCCGUAAGAUGAUCGCGUGGCCUAAUGGAUAAGGCGCUCGCCUCCGGAGCGGGAGAUUGUGGGUUCGAGUCCCAUCGCGAUCGUCUAAUGUUGUUUUGGAAUCUUUUUUGUUUUUUUGUUUUUGGCUUGCAAAGGAGACCCACCCAGAAGCGUAAAACAAGAAGGGAAAGAACAAAGAGCAUCAAGGGUCAGUUUUAACUAUACUUACAGAAACUAUAAAGAUCAUCAACAAAAAGUUUUCGAAACUUUUCUAUUUAUUUUAGCUUUCAAGGUUUUAAAUUUGGUCCUAAAAAAAGAGACUAACUAUUUUGAAAGUUCGUUCCUCAGGCUACGACUAUAUAUCACUGCUCAUCUCAUGUGUUCGAUCACCUCAUUUUCUAUGCAAUUUCUAGUGGUAAUAAGCUCUAAAAUCGUACGAAGAUUUAUUUCGCUGAACAAGGUGAUCGAGCUAUCAGCCGUCACCUCAAUUCUAUGCUUUUAUUGAUCUCUUAUCCUUACAAAUAAUGGAGUAGUAUAUAAUGUCCAAUUAUAAAUUAUAUAUGAAUUUGGCUAUGGCUUUGCCAGAUUCUGAGUUUCCUUUCACAGUUUCACGUCUGACUUAAUUUUGAAGAUAUAUAUUGUAUGCAGUAAACUGUUAAUAAUUAAAUGUAUGCAAAUAUUGGUUAAGAUUAAAUAGAAAAAGAGACAACUGUAAAAAUCAUAGAUCGCUGAAAUGUAUUAUCUCAUGUGUUCUAGCCUCAAAUUUCAACACUCAAAAAACCUCAACAAAACAAUAAUUAAACACCCUAAAAGUCAAAAUUGGCAUGGAUGCUGCCAAAAAAAAAAAAAAAA